AUGGUGAAAGGAUGCCAAGGAGAGCGUGUAAGACUCUAUGUUAGAGGCACCAUUCUUGGUUACAAAAGGUCGAAGUCGAAUCAGUAUCCGAGCACGUCAUUAAUUCAGAUCGAGGGAGUGAACAAUAAAAAAGAAGUUGAUUGGUAUUUAGGAAAGCGUAUGGCUUAUAUUUACAAGGCAAAAACUAAGAAGAACAAUUCACAUUAUCGUUGUAUUUGGGGUAAAGUUUGUAGGCCACAUGGUAACAAUGGUGUUGUUAGAGCUAAAUUCAAGUCCAAUCUGCCACCUAAAUCCAUGGGAGCUAAGGUUACAGUUUUCAUGCAGCCAUGCAACAUAUAA